UGUUUACUACACUGGUAGGAGGACGGUUGCGUUUUCGGUUGCACAGAAGGUGGCGAAUAGUGAACGAGACAAAUCAUCAAAAGAACGCAAAAAGAAAAUAGUAGAAUCGAAAUUGCGAUUUUUCGAUUUGGCGUCGUGUGCCGUGUGUCGUGUGUCGUAAAGUGUGGCAAAUAGCGCGUUUGUCGUUUAGAUCUUUUGUUACACACAUACACACACAAACUAAUGUAUGUAUGAAGCUGUAGAAGUGUAUUUGGAUUCAGACAAAAAAAUUGUCAACAUCUUCGACAACAACUAUAUUUGUGUCACUUACCAGCCAGAAUAUCUGUGCUUGCUGUUGUAACCUGACCGCAGCGCGUUCUUUGUGUCGUCGCGUUUGCCACUCCGCGUGCGCGUCUGUAUGCGCACCCACUUCUGCGUUGUGUAUGCAUCCACCUGCGAGCGUAGAAAGUGUCGCGCUCAUUAUACGCUUCUUUGUGAAGCGAGCAAUUUGUAAAAUCAACAAAGAAAUUCUUUCCAAUACGCGAAGAGAGAUUUUUAAUUAAAUCUUCUUUUGCAACCAAAAAAAAAAACAAAAAAUAUAUAAAUAAAAUAGAAAAUAAAAACUCUUUGCGAAAGCAUUUCAUUGAAAAUUUCUGCGCAAUCAAAGAGCGAAGAUGCGCUUUGGUUCCACAGUUAGGUUAUUCCGGCACAGCUGUUGCAGACUGCUAAGCACCAGCAGCAUAGCCAAGUGCAUUCUAUUUGCUGCGUUGUUGUUGCAGGCCUUAGUAGUGGCAGCAGCGGCCGAUGGCGUAACAGCUGGUAGAGGUGGAACGAAAGGAUUACCGCGCAUGCGGGCAGCGAAAAUAGCCCGCGUUCAUGGUCUGCAAGCAGUGCCGGAGGGAUUCGGUGCAAGUGAUUCCAACGCCAAUAGCAAGAAUAACAGCACAGCGCCUGGGACGAGGGCGCGAGGCGAGCAGAGCAGAUAUGGUGGCGUUACGGACAGCAGCAAUCAGUUAACUGGGAAAUACGAAAUUCGCAGUGUUUCUGGCGAACCCAAUUACAAAUCCGUUAAUCUAACCUGGGAAGUGGAAUUUGUGCCCUCCGCCGAUUCGAAAACACCAGCGAACGAUAUUGAUGCUAUCACCAACAGCAGCGCCGAAGUGGAACCGCCGAAAGCCUUUCAGAUUUUCUUUUGUGAAUUGCAGUCAUUUGGACCGCAUCGUUGUCGCUCCAAAUUAGUCAACCAAACUCAACAGCUGGAACCAAACGGUAACAGCCACUACAGUAAUAGUAGCAGUCCCACUAACAACAACAAAGGCAACAAUAAUUUAGAAAUUGAGCAGGUGAAGAGCAAGCGACAAGUACGUCAUUACGCUGUCCAAAUCGACAAUCUCCGCAUGGCCACCAAAUACAGCUUCCACAUCCGACCGCAAGCGAAGCGCAGAAAUAUGAAAAUCACCGGCCGCUCCGAGCUAUUCGGCAACGAAAUCGAUGACGAUACGAAGGGUGUGCCACUCGACGGCGGCCAAACCAUCAUCAUACCAACGAAAGGAUUUGCUGCGCAAGCCACAAAAUGCUUGCCACAGGCUUCAGAGAUUGAAGUGGAAACAGGUCCUUACUUUGGUGGAAAAAUUGUGGUAGAUGGCGGUAAUUGUGGAGUGAAGGGUAAUCAAAAUGAUGCCACAGAUCGCUAUACGAUGCGCAUCGAUCACAAAAUGUGUGGCAGUUUGGUGAAACCAGAAACGAAUACAGUUGAGACGUUUAUAACGGUACAAGAGAAUUUGGGCAUCUACACGCACAGCACACGAAGAUUCGUCGUAGUGUGCAGCUUUCAGUCGGGAAUGCAAACCGUGCGCGCCAGUUUCACGGUGCCCGGCAGUGAUGGCGUUGCCGCUCCCGUAGACAAUGAUCCCUUCGAACCCGACGAUCGCCUAGGUCGUGAGCAACGCUACAUGCAUUUCGUUGACAAGAGUGCGUUGGUAUUAAAAGAGCCCGCGCCACUGGAACCUGCGCCGCCAGCAGCGCACACACAAGCCUUGGCUUCGGAUGAAAGUGUGGCGCUGGUCGAAGAAGUAAUCGAUACCGCAAAUAGCAGCUAUAGAUAUAAUGACAACAACAACAAUGUUGCUAGUGAGCUAUCGGCCGUUGACAGCAAUGAUGUGCCGAAUAGUGUAGCGCUGUUGGAGGACAUCGUGCCGGGGGUGAACGAGCAGCAUAUCAAGCAUGAAGAUAAAGUAUUGAAGCUACAGGCGGUCGAUGAACAGCCAGAAGUUGAAGUACAGCCGACGAUGCCGGUUGUGGCAGCACGAGCGGCUAAAUAUGCAAAAUUGGUGCGCGAGCAGGCAGCAGCAAAUUUACUAGCGGAUGAGGUGAACGCCAGCGGUGUAUUGGGCGUGGAGCAGUGGUAUCACUUGCGCAACUCGGUCCAUGGGCGAGGCUUCGCCACUGCUCUGGAUCAAAUUUCAUCAAACGCUGGCAGUAUCAUCAUCACCGUGUCGCUGUCUGUGAUAGUUUUAGGCGUUUUCAUAUAUGUCGUGUUUCGUGAAGCGCGUCGACAGCGUUUCAUACGCAGCAACAUUCGAAUGCAACAACUACAAUCAUCGCGCGCUUCUUCGCCAACGACGUUAGCGACAGAGAAGUCUUCGCCUGGAAAGCGAACCAUGCCGCGCGCUCUGCAAUCGCAGCACGCACAGGGCAGCAUGUAGAAAUACUAGGGCGGGUCUUCUCAGUAAUAAUAUUUUAAAUAAACUAAGUUCAGUAGGAUAAAAGCAAGAAAUUAGAAUAGUAAAUGAGGAACGAUGACAUUUCUGAAGUUUGAUAAGAAACAGCAGAUUCAUUAACAAAAAAUAAUUAAUAUGAAUAGAAAGUGGCGCAACCACACGCAAGAGCUGCGGUGCGGAGCGCAUACAAAGUCGCCAGCCUAUGCUCAUUUGUCUUGCUAAAGGAUAAAACUAAAGCAAAACUCGAUAGAUAUACUGAAAUGAUAUUAUUUUUUAGUGAUUUAGCUGAAGGCGACUGAGCAUAGAAGAGCAGAUAAAAUGCCACCCAGUGGAACAAAAAUAUGAUAAAAUAAGAAAAAAAAAUACAUUAUUAGGUUCUAAUAUUGCUAGAUUAGAGUGAAACCGUACAUAAAUACUCUUUUUGAUAAAAAUUCUUUAUUUUAAAUAUUUUCUAAGUAAGUAGGUUUCAUUAGUAGGAAAGCACUCAGAGCGAUUUAGGUGCGUGAAAAUGCAGGUUUUUACGUGAUUAAAUUAUGUAUUUUUAAAACUUACAACAAAACACUCAAUACAUUCAUUGAAGCACACAAUACAUGUAAAAUUGACUAAAAUAUUGUAAGACCAGCAGGAUAUUCGAUAUAUAAUAUUUCAUACAUUUAAGCUUAAAACUUAGGUACUUUUACUAUAAAAAUUCGCAUGCGUUACAAAUACAAAACGUCUGCAUGUUUUUGAAAGCUGUAUCUUAACUUAUAUUUUACAUAUUACGCGUGGCUUUUUAUUUCUAUCUGUAGCUCAUAAGAAUAGCACCGUUUUUACUAAUUAUCUUUAAGUGAAACUUGUAAAAAUUAUUAAAAUAAAUUUUAA